CUUUUUCUGGUUCAAGAUUGAUUAUGAAAAACUCAAAGUUGUUGAUCUUUCCAAUUCUACUGUUAUCACCACUCAUGAAGCAAUAAGCAUCAACAUCUUCAUCAUAUAUAAAUUAAAUCUCUUCUCUUUCUCUCUCCUUCACCUCUCACACUUUCUCUCUCUUACAUCUUCAUCAACAUGGGUUCAACCUCUAGUCGACUCGGGUCUCGUCCUUCUCCUCCCAGGGUCAACAACCAUCGCUUCAGUUUCUCUUCCUUUCUCUGCGGCUCCUCCACCUCUCGCUCCAUUUCUCAGAUGGAAGAACAUCAAUAUGAAGAGCUUCAUGUUAAUUCGGCUAGACAUUUCAAUGAUGAAAUUCAGAAGGUCCCUGAGGAAUCCUCGUUAUCAUGUACAGAGGAAGCUAGAAUCAGUUGCUGCCCUCAAGCUGAAACUUCAAUUUCAACCGAUAUGAGAACUGAGUUCUGCGGGAAUGAUACUGUUGAAGGUUCUUAUGGAAAUGUUGCAACGAGUGCUCAGAGGAAUUGCUUGUCUGAUCAUAAGGAUCUAGUUUCUCCUGAUCAGGUAUGUGCUGGUCAUAGUCAUCCUGAAUCAUAUAGUGAUGGUAACAACACUGCUAGUAGUAGUAGUACUUCGUUUGUUGAACAACGGUCUUCAGAUCCAGUCUCUGUAAAUGAUUUUACUAACAUGGAUAGAAUCAAUAAUGUUGAUGAUCCAGUGUUUAGUGGUGUCUCUCGAAUCUCUCAUCAUGAGACCGUGCAACCAAGGAGCUCAAUCUCUCAAGAGCAUGGAAAUGCCAGUUCUGGUGAAAUUUCUGUUGAGGUUGACACAAAUGCUGGCAUAUCUAUCCAUAGUUCUUCCACUCAUGUUGCUCAAGCGUCGGAUGCACCACCAACUCCUCAAAUGCCUGAAGAUGAAUCUCGUCGCGAAGCAAUACCUUCAGGCUUAGGUAUUUUUGUGUCCAAUCGGGAAAUAGUGCAAGGAAAUGAUGGUCUGUUUCAAGUUGACGUGGUCGCAAUAUCCUCCAAUAUUUUGUCUGGCAGCAAUACAGAUGCGGAUGAUCAGGAUGCCAGAAGGAAUGGUAGAAGAUUAUUUUGGGAUGCUUUUUCACAACGUAGUUCAAGAAGGUUUGGUGAUUCUCCAACCAUCGUUAUCUCCACGGGAGGUGCUGAUGAUUCAGGAUCUCAGGAUCGGUGGCAGGUUGAUUUUGAUGAGGAUUUAUCAAAUGACGGGCUUGGACGUCCGCCCAGAUAUAGGGGCAGUAGAAUUCGCAGAUUGAGUGAAAGAGUGCGACACUCAAGAUCUGAGAUCUGGGAAAGGCUUCGUGGAGGCCUUGAUGAGAUUGGUCGGCUGAACUCUUCAUGUCCAUUAGGACUUCAUGCAGACGGUAUGUGCUCGUGCGAGUCAUUCCCAAUGGCUGAAGAAUCUAGCUCUCGGUCAAGUAUUUCAAGAAUAGUCAUGCUGGCUGAGGCUCUGUUUGAGGUUUUAGAUGAAAUUCACCGACAACCUUCAUCCCUUUCCCUAUCCACGCUCUCACUCCCUGCACCUGAAUCAGUCGUGGACUCUUUCCCUCUGAAGUCUCACAAAAAGGUUGAUGCAGCUGAUGGAGGCAAUGAUGCUGAACAAUGUUACAUAUGCUUGGCGGAGUAUGAAGAUGGGGACCAAAUACGAGUUCUUCCUUGCAAGCAUGAAUAUCACAUGUCGUGUGUCGAUAAGUGGCUGAAGGAAAUACAUGGGGUAUGUCCUCUGUGUCGCGGCCAUGUUUGUGGAGGCUCAACAGAGCAGUCAGUUCACUCAGAAGUUCAGUCAAUAGUUGAAAUUUAGGCUAAACUUAAUGUUUGCCUUUGAUGUAUAUACACUUCACAUCAAUUUGUUCCGCCAGAAAUUAGUGUUGCCAAAAUGGUUCAUUUUGAUAAUCACAGAAUUUGAUGGAUCAUUUUGAUUUCACUUAAAAUCUUUGAAAGGUUAAUUGAUAUCAGAAGUCUUAAAAGAUUGAAUUGAUGCUAAGUGUAUGCUGAAUAAUCAUAAGUGAUACUAAUAUCCCUGUAAAUGAUAGGUGGCAAAAUAGUAAUAAACAAGGCAGAAUUUUAUAUCCGAA